AUAAAUUAUUAUUAUUAUUAAUCUAUAAUUUUAGUGGGACCAUAUAUUUACAUAAAAAAAUUUAAGGAUUUAUUAUCUUAUUAUUUUAUCAAUUUAUAUCAAAUUUUGAAUUGGUCCAAGUUGAGACUGACGAAAGUUAUUAGAGCAUGAUUAUUUGAGGUUUUUUAGCGUGAGAUUCUUAGCGGAAUGCAAGAAAUAGUCUCUUAACUUAUAAUUAAAAAAACUAAGAACUGACUCUUAAAUAAGGUAGUUAACUAUGACAACUCUUAACAGUUUCUAACUGUUUAACAACUAUAUAAUAGUAAUAGUUUUGAAGAUUACAAUCUUCUUAGCUUAUUUCUAACAAAAACAGAGUUUAUAGACACAGCUUAAUCCUGCUAUAACCUGAUAGAGUGAAAAAUUAUCAUAAAUGCCAACAAUAUACAUGUGUUGCAAAUGAUAUCCUGUAGACUACGUUAUACUUUUUCGAAAUGUGAAAAUUUAAAUUUACUAUGCUACAUACAUAUACAUGGUUAUUCUAAUAAAUACUGUCCUCGUUCUUUAGUAAAAAUAUUUUCCAACUUUAGUAUGUUUGUUCCCAAGAACAACCUUCCAGACUCAUUUGCUUUCCCCAAAGAAAAUUAGAUAUAUGCCUAUCUACCCAUCCAUAUAGGCAUAUAUAUCAAAUUUUGAUGUGUCAUAAUAAGAUAAAACUAAUAGUGGUGAGAUUCACCUAGCCAUUCGAAGAUGUAAAUGCAGUUGAGCUAGAGUUCCAUUGGCCACUGCAAGUCUGCAACUAACAUGACACAAUUCAUAUCUCAGAAGGUAUAUUGUCCAACUUCCGAAAAUAAUUUUUUUUUUUUUGCUAAACUUGUCAAAAUUCUAUUUCUUAGUUAUUAAUAUUUAAUUUAAUUAAAGUGAUGCAAAUAUUUGAUAUUUACUAAUGGUAGACACUAGCUAUAGUAAAAUAUAUCUGGUCAUUUUACUGGAAUAUACAGUUUUAGGCUUUUAGCCUAUAUAUAUAUAUAUAAAUAUAGAAGGGUGGUUAUCACGUUUAGGCAUAGCUUAUGGUAUUGAGUUUAUAUAAAAAAAUAUAAAUGACUCUUUUUCAUGGCGAUUUUUUUAUUAGUCACGCAUACGUGUUUGAACUUAAUAUUUUAACCCCAAAAAGGAAUUAAGUAGCGCCGGUCUUUAGCUUUAUGACCGCAAACAUUUUAAAUUAAAAUUUAAUAAAUUUUGUUAAUAAUUUAUAAAUAAUUAAAAUUUAGAAAAUAAUAAGUGUUAUUAGGCUUUGGCUAAAACUGGCCAUGAAGAGAUCAAAAGGGGCCACAAUGUCACAAAGAGGACCAACAAUGAAAUAAAUCCUCAGCUGGCCUUUGCCAUUUUGGCUCCCACCUUCUCCUUCUACAUAUGCACAUGUCGUCAUGUCCGUCUCUCUCUACCCGCACAAAUAUGUACAGACAUUUAGACAACCAAAUCUUUAUUUAUAAAUAUAUACUCCUCAAUAACCACCCAUCUCCUUCUACAUAACUCUCUCUCUCUCUCUCUCCUUCCAUACAAAACCAAAAGCUUUUCUCUCUGAAGAACACAAACCCCAAAUGGCAAUAAUGAAGAAAUCUUUAAAACUCACUCAAACAGCAAUGCUGAAGCAGAUUCUUAAGAGAUGCUCGAGCUUAGGAAAGAAGAACGGAAGAGGGUACGACGACGAUUACCUCCCGCUCGAUGUUCCAAAGGGACACUUUCCUGUCUAUGUCGGAGAGAACAGAAGCAGAUACAUUGUCCCAGUCUCCUUCUUGACUCACCCUGAGUUCCAGUUUCUCUUAAGACGAGCUGAGGAAGAGUUUGGAUUCGACCACGACAUGGGUCUCACCAUUCCUUGUGAUGAAGUCGUUUUUCAAAGCCUAACCUCCAUGAUUAGAUGAGGUUUAAGCUAAAUCGUUUGACGAAGAAGCAGAAGGAGAUGGUUGAAGAAGAAGUAGAAGCUUCUCUUUACAAAAGAUAGCAUCUCUUCGCUUUUCUAAAAAGUUUUUCUUUCCUUCUAUUUUAUGCCCAUCUAGGGUUUUUUCACGAGUUAACUAAUUUACUCGUCUAACAAGAAACAAGCCCGUAUGAGAUAGAUAUUGAUAUUCUAUGGGUUUAGAUCUGUAAAAAAGUUGUAAUGUUUUCCUCGCAGAUCUUGAUUCUGUGAGAGAAGUUGAGUAAUGCCAGAAAGUAUUCCUCUAUUUGUUUAAUAUUUCCUUAUUUUUGUUGAUUCUUGUGCAACUUAUCGUUGUUUUCA